AUGCUAGCCCUUGAGGCAUCCGCUCUCCAUGUUGGUAGGCGAGAAGUCACGACCAAGCCGCCCCAGUCUAGCUCCACGUCUUCGCCAUCAUCCAAAACUCCCACAACUACCACCACAACUACCCUCAGCCCGGCACAAGAAACCAACAAGGAUGCGCUAUGCAACAAUGGCUUUACCCGUGAGAACUGGGUAAAGUAUGAAAUGGAUUACUGGUUGGACUACUGUUUACAAAAUGAGCUCGACACCUAUAGCUCUAUCGAGGACUUGGUUGGACGAUCUAUCGUGCUAAUGCAAAACGCUACCAUGAUGGUCGUCGAAAAUGCGAUCAACGUUGCCCCCGAUAAUAGCGGAUCGAAGACUGGAAACUAUUGGUAUGAUUUUACAACCAGUGCCCCAUACCUCAUGCGAAAUGGCUCGUUCGCCGUGGAAUUGCCGAAUUACGACUAUAAUAUCCUAAGCGGCGAACUAACACAGUACAUCAACUCGAGUGCUGUGGCUGCUGCUUGGGUUCAGCAAAACGUCUUCAUUGCAAAGCGCACCGACGACAUCUCCGGUACAGCACCCUGUGAUAUGGACCUCGAUAAACUUGACGGCGCCCGCGCGUGCUCACCUGAUGGGAGCACUGCAUAUUUCUUCAUGGUCAGCCAGGAGUUGGUACCCUCAUAUGCCUGGGGUGACUAUUCAGGUACUCCCGGAGUGUCAGACGUCGGCAACUAUGGGCUUGAUCUAUAUACUAUGGCUACGGCAGCGGAGUGGGUUCAGGACAACUACUACAAUUCUACGGGAUACUUCCCUAAUGUUUCGCCUACCGACAUGGUCAAGGACUUCACGUCCCAGUACGAUCCUCUGCCAAAUGGCUACUUUAUCAACAUCCCCGUCAUGGAUGCAGAUGGGUUGAGUCCCCCAGAUCUCUACGACCAGGGCGGCGACGAUCUAGGGACUGAGGCCCUCUUCAUUGUCGAAGUCAUGAACGAGCUUCCGAAUCUUGACAACUGGCCAUACUCAAUUGACUAUAAUUGA